AGUCGUCAGCGCUCUGGCCGUCGCCGACCGCCGUAGUGGGGGUCCAGUGACUCCAGUCGCUCGCUAAUAAGAGCGUCUCUCAGAGCGACUGGACUGGAGGUGUCAAUAUCAGACGCCAGCUGAAGCUGACAUGGACUGUUUGUCGUAACCCGGAUCACACCGUACGCCAGUAGAGCUGACGUCCUCGAUGUUCCAUCGCCGCGAAUUGCAAUUGUGUAUUUUGCGUUUGAUCCCCCCCUCCAACGCCGUGGCUGCUGUUGGCGCGUCGGCUGCUGUCAGGGUCGACGCCCAGUCACGCCAUUACCUGAGUAAGGUAUCGGCCCCGAACACAUGUUGCGACGCAAUUCGCCAUCCUUUCUCACGAACAUGCGUUGCAACAAUCACAUUUGGGGGAUGCAGGCCUAUGGAUAAGGUUGCGCAUCAAUUUAUCCGGCUGCGCGCGGCACAGCCACCAUACCGAUGGAGGAUGCGAAAGACUUUUCUUUUCUUUGCUCUCUAUGGGGAGUUCCAGCCCAGGAAGAUCCAAGGAGCUGGGUUUGUGGCACAAGGUUUCGAGGCCAGCCGCCAAGUUGGUAGAGAGCCCCAUGCGCCGUAUUUUAAGCGUCGCGCCUACCACCCUCCCACCUCUAUGUAUCCGUACUACGUGUAAUAGUAAUCAUCAAAGGCCUGUUCGUGUAAGACUUGCUUUACGGUACGGAUAGUACGCGUUCCGAACAUGUGCAAACUCGGUUGAGCUAUCUUACAAAUAAGCUUGCGCUUGGACCGGAGUGUACGCAGGGCGAAGCGUGGUGUCUUGGUGCUCGGAGAAGCCGCGAUCGAUAGUGUCACGCGGCUCAC